AUGGGCAAGGAAAAUGAAGCAGUCGAGGAGACCAUUGCGACCACUCCGACAAACGAAGCACGGAUCGUAGAUAGCUUCGAGCCAGCAGCACACAUCCAAGAUGAAACACUCAAACCACAACUUUCUCGGGUACCCUCCUCGGCACCAUACAGCAUUUUCAGCCCGAAGACGAAGAUGUUCAUAGUCUUCGCGGUAUCCAUAUCAUCACUGAUAUCACCUUUCGGCGCAACCACUUUCUAUCCGGCACUGGACGUCCUAGCCGAAGAUUUGAAUGUCACCCCGACUCUCAUCAAUCUGAGCUUGACGACCUACAUGAUCGCCCAAGGCAUUGCGCCGUCGUUGAUAGCUGGCAUGUCUGACAAUAGUGGCCGGCGGCUAUCCUUCAUUGUCUGCUUCGUCAUCUUCGUGAUCGCCAAUGUCGGGCUGGCGCUGCAGACGAAUUAUGCGGCAUUGCUGGUGCUACGGAUGGUGCAGGCUUUUGGGUGUAGUGCAGCCAUUGCGCUUUGUACAGCUGUUGUAGCGGACAUCGCCACUUCUGCCGAGCGAGGUCGAUACAUGGGAUAUGCCACUGCGGGCUUGCUCAUCGGACCGGCCUUUGGACCGACUAUAGGGGGUGUGCUAGACCAGUAUCUAGGCUGGCGCUCGACUUUCUGGUUCCUGGCCAUCUUCGGAGGGUUCUUGCUAGUCACCUUCACAUUUCUGUUCCCAGAGACAUGCCGUAAUGUGGUCGGCAAUGGUAGUAUACCCGCGAGAGGGGUGAACCUAUCGAUCUUGGGGUACCUCCAGCAACGACGGCAUGCAAAGCAGAUGUAUGAGGAUGAUGAAGUCGAAACUGCGUCGGUGGCUCUGGCUGCCAAGCGAAGAGGCAAGUUCACGUUCCCGAAUCCAUUGCGUACGCUUGCGAUUCUGGGCGAGAAGGAGAGCUUGAUUGUGCUAUUGUAUAACGGUGCCUUUUUCACGGGCAUGAUAGGUUUUGCUACGCCGGCCAUACCUGUAUUGUACAAGGAUAUCUACAACCUCAACACCCUUGACAUUGGCCUCUGCUACAUCACGAUGGGUGUAGGCAGCUUGACGAGUGCUCUCACAAUGGGUCAUGCUGUAGACUGGAACUUUCGACGGCAUGCCAAACGACUAGGUGUUGUCAUUACUAAAGGCAAACAACAGGAUCUGUCCGACUUUCCGAUCGAACGUGUACGGCUAGAAGUCGUGGUGCCUGGGCACGUUAUCGGUACCUUGGCAAUUCUGGCAUUUGGUUGGACAUUGAAGUAUAGGACCAACCUUGCCGCUCCUGAGAUAGCCCUGUUCUUCAUCGGCUUCGGCGUAUCUACGUCCUUCAAUAUCUCGAAUACUUUGCUCGUAGACCUACACAAGUCGACACCUGCGACCGCCACCGCAGCUGUAAACUUUGUGAGGUGUCUCAUGACUGCAGGAGCGGCCGCAUGUAUCAUCCCACUAUGCAAUGCUAUUGGUCCCGGCUGGGCUUUCACGUUGAUUGGGCUUGUCUACGUAGUGCUGAUAGGAGUGCUCUUCCUGCUCAUGGCGAGAGGUCAGCAAUGGAGAAAGGAGACCAACGCGAAGAAGGAGAAGAAGCGACUUGAGAAGCUGGCCCAACAAAGUGCUGAGCGGGACGCUGAGUCGGAAGUGGGUGGAGAUCAAUUUUCAUUGCACAAAGAUGAAAAGGGCACCAACAGUCGAUAG